ACUCUCCUACAGUCCAGUGAAUGAGGAUCUACGGAUGCUGCUUCACGAGACGGUCUGUGCCAUGGAGUCGAAUGCCAGCCACGUGUUGGAGGCUGCCUUGGAGCAAAUGGAUGACAUUAUUGCUGGCAAGGUGGGCGAAGGCCUCUUCGCUGCUCUCAUGCGCUUAGGUGGUCAGGACCGCCAGUCCUCAGACUGUGCUGACUCUCCCCCUCACGUGGACCCGGCCCUCAAGGCUCUUCAGCUGACUGAAGCCCUCAGGGCAGUGCUGGAGGGCCAGAGGAGUGAGGAAGAACAGGAGGCUCUCAGGAAACAAGUCUCUACUGAUACUGCAAAUGUUAUAGUUAAGUGGCUGGAGAGAGAAGAUGAGGUAAACCUCCAUUCAUCUGGCAACAGUGAGUCCUACCAGCAGCGAUUAUCACGUCUGGAGGGGGACAAAGAGUCACUGGUUCUGCAGGUGAGUGUGCUGACUGACCAGGUGGAGGCUCAGGGGGCCAAGAUCAGCGACCUACAGAGUUCUCUGGUGGAGCAUCAGCACAAGCUCGAAUCCACAGAGGAGAUGCUGCAGCAGGAGCUCCUGCAUAGGACGUCACUGGAGAACCAGAAGCUGAGUCUUAUGGGGGAGGUGUCCCACCUGAAAAUAAAGCUCACAGACAUGGAGGGAAAGCAGAGCCAUGGGGCUGAAAGGCAGCACAAAGCAGAGGGCUUGAUCAAGGAGCUCAGGAUCCUCAAGGACAAAGUCGAGCACCUGGAGGAUCAGAAGAUACAGUAUGAGAAGAAACUCAAAGCAACAAAGGCGGAGAUAAGCAGCCUUCAGCAGCUUCUGCUCAGCAAGAACGCCGAGAUCGAGAGCCUGCACACUCAGCUGCUGGCCAGACCCUCUUUAUCGCCCGAGAGCUCAGAGAGAGAGGAGAUGUACAGGAAGAGGCUAAACACCAAAUAUCAGGAGCUGCAGAAGCUCAGGAGUGGGAUGAAAUCACUGGUAGCUGCCAAUGAUGAAAAAGACCGACGGAUUGAAGAGCUCACUCUGCUCCUGAACCAGUGCAGGCAAUUCAGAGAGGUCGCUCACGCUACGAGGCAAGCUCCACCUGCUGUCCGUUCGUUGUCAAAUGGCAGGACUCCAUCGAGCAGCAGCGAGGAAGAAGUGCAUGCCCUGAUGAAGAACACUGACUCUGCCAGUGCAAAAUCUGAGGACAUGAAGUCUGAAGUAUCACAUGUUUCCACAAACAGUUCUUCCUCCCAACGAACUUCUCUCUCUUCAGUCCAUAAGGACAGUGAUUCCAGAACUGAACCACAGACUUUAUCAAGUAGCAUGAAUGACCUGAUGAAUGGAUCUUCACAGAAGAGCGAUCCGGGUGACAACAGAAGUCAGACGCUGCCCGUGAAUUCGACUCUGUCGGAGCAGAACGGGGCUGGAGACAGCAGCAGUGAGAUCCAGAGUCAAAGGUCUCCAGAUGGAAGCGAGGAUGGAGACUCCAGCCAAAGAAAGUCGGAGAAAGUCGACGACAGCACUUCAAGCGAUAAUUCCCCGGUUCAUUCUGGAGCAAGUCCACAGCCUGGCCAUCGAGCUGUGGGCUCACCAGAGUACAUGAAGAAUAACAGGAGCUUAAAGAGACUCUGGGGAAAACUUCGGAGAACCCAGUCUGGAGGACUACAGGCAGCAGAUCCAGAUGCUGGUCAGUUUACAAGAGGAGGGCUACGUGCAACAGCAGGACCCAGACUGACCCGGACCCCCGAGUCUUAUGACUCCUCACGAGAUAUGAAUAUUCCAUUCAGCCAGUGGACCAAGGGGCAGGUGUGUGGCUGGCUAGAGGACUACGGACUGGGCCAGUAUCUCAAUCUCACCAGACAGUGGGUUGAAAAUGGACAGACACUGCUGUCUGCCACUCCUCAGGACUUUGAGAAGGAGAUGGGUAUGAAGAAUCCACUGCACAGGAAGAAGCUGCAGCUCGCCCUGAACGCAUUCACCACUAAAGUUAUAGAGAAAUCGUCUGAGCUGGACCACAUCUGGGUCACCCGCUGGCUGGAUGAUAUUGGUUUGCCUCAAUAUAAAGACCAAUUCCAUGAAGCUCGAGUAGAUGGUCGAAUGAUACAGUACCUCACGGUGAAUGACCUCUUGACUCUAAAGGUCACCAGCCAGCUUCAUCACCUCAGUAUUAAAUGUGCCAUCCAUGUCCUUCACGCCAACAAGUUCAACCCCAACUGUCUUCGACGUAGACCAGGGGAAGAGAGACAGCCAUCUCCCUCAGAGGUGGUGCAGUGGUCUAACCACCGUGUGAUGGAGUGGCUGAGAGCAGUGGAUCUAGCAGAGUAUGCUCCCAAUCUACGAGGCAGUGGAGUUCAUGGCGGGCUGAUUAUCCUGGAGCCUCGCUUCAGCUCAGAGACUCUGGCCCUCCUCUUGAAUAUCCCUCCACAGAAGACUUUACUCCGCCGCCACCUCGCCACUGCCUUCUCUGCCCUGGUGGGGACUCAGGCCACGCAGGAGAAACGAGAAUAUGGCAAUGCCACAGGCCAUGUGCCCCUCACUACCACUGCUAAAGUAAAGCCAAAGAAGUUGGGCUUCACCCAAUUCAGUCACCUCAGAAAGAGGAAACCUGAUGAAUCUGCGGACUAUAUCUGCCCAAUAGACAGUGGAGCGCUGACAGUAAACGGGAUCUCUCGCCUGCCCUCUGCAGCACUGAGGGGCCUCAGCCCCAACCUGGACAGGCAGCCUGAGAGGCGGGAGCCUCUGGGCAUAAGAGCUAGGGCGAACAGCCCAAAACAAUGAUUAAACAAAAUAAAGAAGGAAGCUGCACCCACUCUACCACACUCUCUCCCCACCCUCUCACUCACUAAGUGACUUUGUGAAUAAGUGGAAAUUCUAAUACAAGAAAACUUGCAUAUGAGCAUUGGUGAUUUGCUGGAUGGGCUGCAAAGACGCCGUGGUUAGCAGGUGAUGUUCAUUUUUGUUAAUGUACUUUUAUCAAGAUGUUGUGUAGUCAAAGUUCAUCUAAAAUUAUGAUUAAUGACAUUGUGUGAAUUGUUUUGUCAAAGCUGCUCUCUGCAUUCCUUAUACAGUGUAUUUUUGCUUUAAAACAAUGCAUUUUACUGACUAUUUUGUAUCUAAACUCUAGUUAGAUUGACGACCUUACCAUAUCUGAAUUGACUGUACAGAGUAACAGUUGACAUCGGUUUCUUUAAGAAUGUUUCGUAUGCAUCACAGACAAUCAAAUCAAAAAUCAAAUCACCUUGAGUCUUGAUAUUACACUUAAUCUUCUGCACCUUUAAAUGAGGCUUGUUAGAAUACUUUAGGAUUCUCCUACCGAUAUGUGGCCUUGUUUCAUAAGAUCAUUGUGAAUAUGCAAUAAAAUAAUACAAUUCAGGUCAAAACUAA